UAUGCUUCAUAUUUUCUUCCGAAUUUCUUUGCGAAAGGGCAAAUUCGUUCCUUCAAUCAUAUGUUUCUUUAUUACCUGGCUACUCAUCAGCCUGUUCUGUGUCUACAAAGUUGCAAAAUAAUGCGUCUACUUGCGUUACUGUACGCUGCUCAAGGCUUGGGUGCCUUAGCCAGCCCUCAAUAUGUUCUGUCGAAGCCACUUUGUCAUGACUUUGACGUGAGCACCAGUGUCCAACGGACAACUCAGCAUUCCUUCGUCAAUCGUGAUUACGAUGCAGAUGUCCUCAUUUCACUCGCAAAUAAGGAGAUCCUUGUAUCAAACACGUAUCAAAUGUCAUCAAGGCUCUGUGAGCCAUCGCGAGACAAUGCACAUUCUGACACUCUUCAGUUGCUUAUACAUGGUGCUUCCUUCAACAAAAACAUGUGGGAAUCCCAGUAUGAGCCGGAGACAUACAACUGGGUACAGCGAAUGAAUCGAGAGGGCUAUUAUACAUUAGCAGUCGAUCUUGUCGGAAACGGUAAUAGCACUUUUCCGGACGGUCUUCUCGAAGCUCAGACACAGACAUAUGUUGAGACAACGCACGACUUGAUUCGUCAAAUCCGUAAUGGCGCCAUAGGAGGCAAAAAGUGGAAGAAAAUCGUUCUAGUUGGCUUCUCUAUUGGAGCUAUCGUGGCUAAUUCGCUUGCACAACAAUUUCCUGAGGACCUUGACGGUAUUGUAUUCCACGGCAUCUCGUGGGAUCCCAGCUGGAUUUACCCUGCAUUUCUGUCUGGCCUGCAGGCACCUGCUCAACAAAUUGAUCCCGAGAAAUGGGGGCAUAUCCAGCCAUACUACCAAACUCAAUCCAGCCGGGAAGGCCGAAAAGUGGCUUGCUUUUCAGGAGCUUACGAUGAGGAAAUUCUCGAAUAUGAUUGGAAUGCCCGAGAUUUCGACUCAUUGGGAGCUGCCAUGACUUUUGUAUAUCACCUCGUCAAUGCACCGCAGUACAAGGGCCCAGUAUUUCUCGGUAUAGGAGAUCGUGACUCUACCUUUUGCGGUGGACAAUUCUGCGGCAGUCAGCCAUACGCACUUUAUGACAAAUUUCCCCAAGCUGUGGACCAUGUUAUUAAAGUCUAUCCCGAGACGGGACACUUGAUCUUAUUCCACCAUUCAGCUCCUGCUCUAAUUAGGGAUACGCUUCGCUUUUUGGCAGAACACGGAUUUUGAUUGGAACUAAGCAUUAGAAAAGACUCUUCUGGUUUGGUGGUAUGGAUAUCUCGGAUUGUAUUUAUAUUCCAGUCUGUCACUCAUAUCUCACUCAUAUUUAUUAUGAGAGGCAAUUAUACUGGGGCGGGGCUUGUGGUUGGGAAUCAAUUUGGCAACCUGUCCCAUAUCGCAGAUUUCUAAACACUCAAAUAGAAAAUGCCAUUUAAGAGUCGUCUCGAAUGAG